AUGCCCAGUAGCUGAGGGAGGGCUGCCCACGGUCCCCAGACCGCGGAUCCACUGGGCGAAAGCGGAGUACUGGACGCAGCGGAGCAGCUGUGCUGGCUGACGGUUUUUGUGGUUGCUCCUGCGGUGUUUUUUAUCUACUGUUCUUCCAGGUUUACCACCCUUCCUUUAAAGGCUUGUCAUGGCUUCCAGUCACAGUGUGUUGAUGCGGCUGGUCGCUUCAGCAUAUUCUAUUGCUCAGAAGGCAGGAAUGAUAGUCAGACGUGUUAUUGCUGAAGGAGACCUGGGUAUCGUGGAGAAGACCAGUGCAACAGACCUGCAGACCAAAGCCGACAGACUGGUACAGAUGAGCAUAUGCUCCUCACUGGCCCGGAAAUUCCCCAAACUAACAAUCAUAGGAGAAGAGGACCUGCCUACUGAGGAAGUGGAUCAAGAGCUGAUUGAAGACGGGCAGUGGGAGGAAAUACUGAAGCAGCCGUGCCCAUCACAGUACAGCACUAUUAAAGAGGAAGACCUUGUGGUAUGGGUUGAUCCUCUGGAUGGUACCAAGGAAUAUACUGAAGGUCUUCUUGACAAUGUCACAGUUCUUAUUGGAAUUGCUUAUGAAGGAAAAGCCAUAGCAGGAAUUAUUAACCAGCCAUAUUACAACUACCAGAACAAUGAAAAGCAGAAGUUAAGGGAACACAGGAAUGAAGCAAAGGCAGGACCAGAUGCCGUGUUGGGGAGGACAAUCUGGGGAGUUUUAGGUUUAGGUGCCUUUGGGUUUCAGCUGAAGGAAGUCCCUGCUGGGAAACAUAUUGUCACAACUACCAGAUCUCAUAGCAACAAGUUGGUUACGGACUGUGUUACUGCUAUGAACCCCGACGAUGUACUGCGAGUGGGAGGAGCAGGAAACAAGAUUAUUCAGCUGAUUGAAGGCAAAGCCUCUGCUUACGUAUUUGCGAGUCCUGGAUGUAAAAAGUGGGAUACUUGCGCUCCAGAAGUUAUUUUACAUGCUGUGGGAGGGAAAUUAACUGAUAUCCAUGGAAAUGCCCUUCAGUACAACAAGGAAGUAAAGCACAUGAACUCUGCAGGAGUCCUGGCCACACUGAGAAAUUACGACUACUAUGCAAGCCGAGUUCCAGAAUCUGUUAAAAACGCACUUGUCCCUUAAAGUUUCAUUUACAUGGUUAGAAGAAGGACUUGGUUUUCAAAGUAAUACAUUUCAAAGCGAAUUGGAUAGAAUUAGAACUCUGCCUUUAUUCCUUGUUGAUCAAUGAUUCCUAUUUACUUAGAAGUAGAAAGUAGAAUUUAAAAUUUUAAAUCAAUUAAUCAGUAAACCAGACCAAUUAUGAUGUGGAGAAUUUAUAAACUCAGUAUGUUAUAUUUCUUUUCCUCUUUUUAUGUGGAGAAAUGAAAAAGGUUUAGUUCAAACUGGCUAGCCAGGUCAAUUGUUUAAUCAACAUUCCCAUCCUGUAAACCAGAUUUCUUUUGGUCACAGAACCAUAAGUUGAUCUUGGGAUCUCAUGCUUGUUUUUCAUGGCAAGUUUUUGAAGUGUUCCUACUUAAGUUAUGAAUAUAUAUAAUGUUAUGUGUGCUGAUGAAACAGAUUUAUGUAGAAAUUUCUUUAAAAUAAAUUAUUUAGUUCUAAUCCUUUA